AUGAAAAUUGUUUGUUGUCCUCGAAAAUUAGAAGUUACAUUUGUUUUUCAAUUAUUUAUUAAUUUCAUGGCAUUCUAUGUAACAUACGGACAAAUUCAGAUGGAGUUGCACGAUCCGAAUAAUGGAUUAGAAUUUCAAAGUGCUAUUAAUGGUGAUCCAAUUCAAGGGACUCAAAUCGAGACACCUGGGUUAGUUACUGUAGCUGGUCCAUCUUCAAUACCUACGUCUAUACAAAGUAAAGCUACAACAAACACAGACAAUAUAGGUGGUGGAGAUGAUUCUACCGGAAGUCAACUUUCAAAUAUCCAGCCAGCAUCUUCGGUCGUUAGUAUUUUUCCAUCAUAUCGUCCUCAGUAUGGAAUUCCAGGUUACUAUUCUACUCUGACUCCAGGAAAAGGUAUUUUACCUGGAAUCAGCUCAUCUACAGAUAACAUAAUUGUUACUUCUUUCCCUGGGACUGCCUCACCUGCAAUACAGCCAGGAAAUGCGGUAUUUCCAGGUGGAAUUAUUCCGGGUGCAACACCUUUCCGACCAGAGUCUCCAGUUUCCCCAGCUCCUACAAUUACCCAGCAAACUAUACAGACUGUUUUGUCAUACUUAGCUGUCCAUCAUCCCGAAAUUUUUUCGAAAUAUUUGUUUCCCAAGCCCUAUCAAAAGCCAUACACUAGUAGCUACCUCCCAAUGUGGUUGAAAGAAUUCCCCCCUUUGAACAAAUACGGUGAUUACACAGUGAACCAGCCCUAUGCAGAUAUUUACCAACCUGAUCCUUAUGAUUAUUAUGAACCAGUUGAUUCAGACCUACACUAUUGGCAGAGAAGAAGGAGACCAUUCGGCAUGUUGAGACGUAGGAGAAGAUACGGCUUAUCCAGACGCUUUACCUAA